AUGCCCCGUCCACGGGUGCUGCCGAGCCAGCGUCGCCGGGCCGCCGAGGCCUGCAACUUCUGCCGCGAGGUCAAGAAGAAGUGCAGCGGCACGGUCCCCUGCGUCCACUGCCUGCGUCGGGGCAUCGGCAACCAGUGCUGCAUCUCCUUGCGGCCCCGGGGAUCCAGACAGGGCUUUCCGGCCCCGGCCACCGAUCCCCCCGCGGUGAGCCCCGAGCUGUCUCUGCUGGGUCCGGACCCGCGCCCGCCGAGCUCGUCCCCUGCGGGUGGCGCCAUCUACGAGGUUGCCUCCGAUGCAGCGGGACCCGGCGAGGACUUUCGUCCGCCGUCGCCGUCCGAGUCGCGGCGAAGCGUCGACGUCUCCGGCAGUCCGGGCGGUGCCCAACAACAGCGUCUGUCAGGGCCGGCGGCUUCGUCGUCGCCCAUGUCAGCCAAUCUUCACUCGCGGAUGCUCCUAAACAUGCGUGGUGAGCGGGUGUAUGUAGGCGGCGCCGCGUCGCUUUCCUUUCUGCAGGUUGUUCGCCGAGUGGUGGCCGAGCAGAUUGGCCCCUCGCAGUUCUCACACAACGCCCAGAGCGAUACCAUGCUCGAAAAGGAGCCUCCCCCGUCUGACAGCGACCCACGCCUUCUCGAAGCAUCGCAUCUCGAUGUCACGACAAAAGUUGGCCUAUCACACUGCUUCCGCGCCGUGACAGAAGGCUUCAUCGAUAUAUUUACAUCCUCGGAGCUUCAAGCGGCGGCUGUUGGUGAUUUGAUAAACGACGUGCAUUGCAGCGCGCAGAGGAGAGCAGCUCUGGGCCUUGUCAUCGCCAUCGGAGCACAGGUGCAGUCUCCGGAGACGGCCCGGGACAUUGGUCAACCCUAUUUCCGCCGAGCCCGGUCGCAGGCGUUUGAGGGGAUGCUAGAGGACCCUGACAUCGACAUUGUCCGCUGCUUCCUUCUCAUGGCCUUCUAUCUUCUAGGGGAGUGCCGGCGAAACGCGGCAUUCAUGUACCUUGGCAUCGCAACGCGGGCUGCCGUGGCUCUCGGCCUGCACAGCCGUGAGUCAUAUACGGACAUGGCUGGCCGGCAUGACAGUAUCAGAUUACGGGUUUGGAUCAGCUUGCGCAUUGUCGACAUGCUUGCCAACUCCAUCCUCGGGCGUCCAGCAGCUACAGCAGGCCUACAUUCUGACAUUGAGGCCAUCAUCAAAGACAUGUCGAUCGCGAGUCCAAACGACGACACCAAACGUCUCAUUGCAUCGCAUCACAUCGUCUCCAUCAUCAACGGCAUUGUCGACACGCUAUACGAGCGUAAGGAAUUAACGACGCCUCUGGUGGAGCAGCUUCUCGGCGAGAUCCAAGCGUGGGAGAGGAAGCUGCCCCAAUGUCUCCGCAGCGUCUCCAUUGCCGUGGAUGCCGCCGAGAACAAACCGCACGAUGCCGCCAUUGGGAGCAUACACGUGUCAUGCCUCUACUACUUUGCCGUCAUGUUGGCCACCCGCCCCGUCCUGAUAUCGAGCCUUACUGCCCAACCUGUCAGCGGCGGCCUGGCUCGCUCUCAUAUAGCCUCGGCUUGCCUCGAUGCAGCGGUCUUCCUGGUCCAAACCUGCAUCGAGGCGCGAGAGGCCAAGCUCUUGUAUGGCAACAUGUGCAUCAUGAAGGCUCUGGUAUUUGCAGCAGGCUUAGUUCUGGGAUUUGACCUCUUUGAAAAAAGGUCCAUCGACCAUGUCAUUGAAUCGGCUUUUGGCGGUGCCCGGGAUAUCCUGAGCUUCCUCGCGACAUCGAGUCCCCAAGCGGCGCACUACCAUGAAAUAUUAACGCUUCUGGCCAAAGCCAUAUCAAAGCAGCGCGAGAGAUCGGCAUUCAAGGGAAGGAGUCGUUAUGUGUCGAGGAUUUUAACGCUCCAAUGCAGCAACGCCCCCGAUUGCGACGCAGAGGGAGACGAACAACCUCCAAUGCCCUCGGCAGAUGUUGCGCCGCGCGCAAUGGACCAGUGGGACAAUUGGUUGUGUGGAAACCGCACGCCACUCGACCCGGGAGAGGAAGUGUUUCUUGGCUGGGACACUCUAGAGAUUUCGCAUUGGGAUAGCUUCCCCUUUGUUUCUUAA